GGUGGCUAGGGGCGGCGGGGAGGGAGGGCGAAAGAGGGCGACAGGGCGGGCACCUUGGCGGAACCCAGGUGCGCGUCCCACGUGCGCGCACGCGGCCCCAGUGGGAUCGUCCUCCCCCGAGCCUCAGAGGAAGAAGAAAUUGACUAAAUGAAAAACAUGAAGCCAAAUAGAAUCCCCCCUUGUAUUGUUUCAAGACAGGGAAGUAAAAGUAAACCAUUGUUGUCUUUUUCCAGUGAUAUCCUGGGUUUUAUUACUGGAAACACCGAGUUUUUCUAAUACUCAUGAUGUCAGAAGGGAAAGCUCCUGCGAAGAAAAGACCUCGUAGAAGUUUAUCAGCCAGUAAAACUAAAACAAAAGAAUGUAACUCUAUUAUUUCAUUUUUUAACAAUGCACCACCUGCUAAGCUUGCCUGCCCUGUUUGUAGUAAAAUGGUGCAGAGAUAUGACUUAAACCGGCAUCUUGAUGAAAAGUGUGCUAACAAUGAUGACAUCACUCCAGUUGAUCAGAGGCAUGUUGACUUAACAAAUUCACAUGUGCCUACAGUAGAUUUAACCAAUAUUGUCUUAGAAGAUGUAAUGCCAGGAAAGUUGUCACCAUUAAAGAUAAGUUUAACCCCUGACCAAAGUGAUUCAGCAAACAUGGGCAUAAAACAGCAGACCAGCCCCUACUUUAAAAAUAAUGAUGAUUUGGGGUGCAAAAAUCAAGAUAAGCUGAGACAUCAUAAUGUGAAAGUCAUUACUUUGGGAAGCCUGUCAUCUAAAUUGUCCAGAAGAUACACAGAGGCUAAAAGAGCAAUAGAUAAGAAUGAGGAAUUUGCCAAUAAGAGUCCACAGAGUUCCUCAUCCACAGUGGUUAGGACCCUGGUUGAUAACUGUUCAGAGACUGAGGACAAGGAUCAAAUUUUGGAGAACAGUUCUCAAAAGGAAAAUGUGUUUGCCUGUGAUUCUCUUAAGGAGCGGAGUACACCUGAACAUACUGUAGAAGGCACAAAAAUAAUGGAAGCUGAAAGCCAAACGGCUACCCAGGAAUAUGAGAGAUCACCCCUUGGCCCUGCCUUCUCAGAUAAUGCUGCUAUGUUAUUUUCACCAGAUUUAACUCUUGGGAAUACAUUGAAGUCUACUUCAGAGCACAGUCUUGCAAAGUGGGAGAGCAUCAAAGGAGUAGGUAAUCAAGAUGUUGAAAAAUGUGAGGCAGGUAGUUGUGAAGAAGUGAAAGUGACUGUUGCUUCAGAAACUAAAACACAGUUGUCAAAUUGGGAGGCAAAGUCUGAUAGUUCUACACAUGAUGAUUCUAAAGGGCAUAACAUCCAGUACCUUUCUCCGGAAGGUGACAGUGACUUAAAGAAUGAAAUCACUUGCGGAAUUCCUUUGGAGCAGGGGUCAAGCUGUGAUGUUCCUGGUAAAACAAUUACAGUACCACCAAGUCAUCCUUACUACCUUCGGAGUUUCCUCGUGGUGCUGAGAGCUGUAUUUGAGAAUGAAGAAGAUAGGAUGCUCUUUGAUGAACAUGAGAGGGGAAUUGUAACUAAAUUUUAUCAAUUAUCAGCUAGUGGUCAGAAGUUAUAUGUAAGACUUUUUCAACGUAAAUUUGGCUGGAUUAAGAUGAAUAAAUUGGAAUAUGAAGAGAUUGCUCCUGACUUAACACCUGUGAUUGGAGAACUGCAGCAAGCAGGCUUUCUGCAGACAGAGUCUGAGUUGCAAGAACUCUCUGAAGUGCUUGAACUGCUUUCUGCUCCUGAACUAAAAACCCUGGCCAAGACCUUCCACUUAGUGAAUCCCAAUGGACAGAAACAGCAACUCGUGGACACCUUUCUCAAAUUGGCCAAACAGCCUUCAGUCUGCACUUGGGGAAAAAAUCAGUCUGGAAUCGGUGCCGUGAUUUUAAAAAGAGCUAAAGAUUUGGCAGGAGAGUCACUGAGAGUCUGUAAAGGCCCUCGGGCUGUGUUUUCCCGGGUCUUGCUGCUAUUUUCAUUGACGGACUCCAUGGAAGACGAGGAAGCUGCCUGUGGUGGUCAGGGACAGCUUUCUACUGUGCUUUUGGUCAAUCUUGGCCGAAUGGAGUUUCCUAGGUACACCAUCAAUCGGAAAACCCAAAUCUUCCAAGAUAGAGAUGAUCUCAUCAGAUACGCAGCGGCCGCGCACAUGCUGAGUGACAUUUCUACUGCAAUGGCCAAUGGGAACUGGAAAGAAGCUAAAGAGCUCUCUCAAUGUGCAAAAAGUGAUUGGAACAAACUGAAAAACCACCCUUCCCUGAGAUACCAUGAGAAUUUACCACUCUUUCUGCGCUGCUUUACUGUCGGGUGGAUUUACACAAGGAUUCUGUCCCGUACUGUUGAAAUAUUGCAGCGACUUCACUUGUAUGAGGAAGCAGUCAAGGAACUUGAAAACCUCUUGUCACAGAAAGUGUAUUGUCCUGACAGCAGAGGCCGGUGGUGGGAUAGAUUGGCUCUCAACUUACACCAGCACUUGAAACGCCUUGAACCGGCUAUUAAGUGCAUCGCAGAAGGGCUGGCAGAUCCAGAAGUAAGAACAGGACAUCGUCUUUCACUGUAUCAGAGAGCCGUGCGCCUGAGAGAGUCUCCGAGCUGUCAGAAGUACAGGCACCUCUUCCAUCGGCUACCAGAAAUAACUGUGGAAGAUGUUAAACAUGUGACCAUCACGGGCCGGCUGUGCCCGCAGCGUGGGAUGGGCAAGUCUGUGUUCGUGAUGGAGGCUGGGGGGCCCACCGCCCCUGCCACAGUCCUGUGCUCUGUGGAGGAGGUGGCAUUGGCCUAUUAUAGACGCAGCGGCUUCGACCAGGAAGGGCACCUGUACCUGCUGACAGCUCAUCACCGUGCUAUGUGUGACCAAAUGGGGCUCAAGAGGAAAUGCACAGUGAAAGUGGGAAGUCCCUGUUUGGGAGUUGGGACUGGUCCGAGCAAGAAAAGAUGGAGUAAAACACAGAGGGAAGAGAGACGCUAUAGAGAAGAAGUGUGAACCCCAGUGAAGACAGAGAUAAACAGACCUGAGAGGUUAGAAAUGAAAGAAUAGAAUGAGCAGCCGUCCCCAGAUGAACUGUAGGAGAUGCAUGAACUGGGCAGUUGGGGGAGGAGGGCAUGGAUAUCAGGGCCUGUGGUGGGUGGGCUGUGAGCCAGACCCAGUGAAAUGCUUUCCGUUUAGCCACGAGCCUGAAAAACGGACGGAUGAUUCCAAUUCCAGAAUAUAAAAUAUUUUCUUCAUUUAUUAAAAUUGAUGCAGUGAAAAUGAGCAAACCCUUGCUGUCAGUCUGUUCGAGAGAAGAUUAGAGGGUAAGGGCAAUGUCAGGCUCUCUUCAGGGAAAUUUAUUUCUGACUUAACUCAGAAGGAGCUCACCAAAAAUGAUUUCACUUACAAUACAAAUGCAUGGCGUAGACGGCUUAGGAGUUCAGGGAUCCUGACCUCCAGCAUUCCUGCCUGGCCGGCGGAUAGUGCAUACUCCCAGACAGAAAGCAGGCUGGAAAUCAAGUUUCACACAGUUUCACUCUCGGCCGGGCAGGAGCCCAGGAUCCCAGCGCGCAGCUUGCUGAAGAAAAGGGCUCAGCUCCAGCCCGGAGGCCUGAGACACUUCAUGUUGUUCCUGUGGCUGUCCUUUCGCGUCUCCGAGACAGGCUGCAUGGCCGAGGGGCUAGAACUGAGAGAGGGACAGAAGGCACAGCGCAGCCUCAGCAAGGCGGGACAGAGGGGGCCCGGCCAUGCCACUUCUGGCAGAAGUUCUGGUCUCUGCACUUCCACACAGGACACACGUGCAGGCACGGCCUGGUCUCUGCUCUCUGUGUCUUGUGCUGCACCGUGACCUGGCACAUGACAGAGCAGGGCCUGCCAGCCAGAAGUGCCCUUCUGCCUGCAUAUUGGGACAGGGUUGGUUGGGGGUGG